GGUAUAACACGUGGUUAUCAGCUGAUGCGUGCGCGUUCACCAUCUUCCAGUUCUAUUAAGCAAUUUUGGACAUUACGUCAGUCAGAGUUUAGAUAUUGCUGGAGGUACUGAUCAAGAAUGAUUUAAAAAUUGUAUUAAUAAUUUUAUAAAACAUAAAAAACAUGACAGAUAAAACACAAAAGUUGUCACGAUGGUACUUUGGUGGACUUUCCUCUGCAGGUGCUGCUUGUGUUACCCAUCCUUUAGAUUUAUUAAAGGUUCAUUUACAAACACAACAAGAAGGUAAAAUAUCUAUAGUACGAUUAACAACAUCUAUAAUACAAAAACAAGGAAUUUUAGCUUUAUACAAUGGAUUAAGUGCUUCUUUGCUUCGUCAACUUACAUAUUCUACAAUGAGAUUUGGAGCAUAUGAAGUAGGUAAACAAACAUUUGAAACAUCUGGACAACCAUUAUUAUUUUAUCAAAAAUUGUUAUUAGCUGGAUUUUCUGGUGCAGCUGGUGGUGUUUUAGGAACACCAGGAGAUGUAAUUAAUGUGCGCAUGCAAAAUGAUAUAAAACUUUCACCACAAUUGAGACGAAAUUAUAAGCAUGCUCUAGAUGGAGUAAUACGUGUAACUCAAGAAGAAGGGAUACGUCAAUUAUUUAGUGGAUGCUCCACAGCAACAUUACGAGCUGCAUUAAUGACUAUUGGACAAUUGAGUUUUUAUGAUCAAAUUAAAAUUAUAUUAUUAGAAAGUGGUUAUUUUAAAGAUAAUCCAAUUACUCAUAUAAUAUCAAGCAUAUUUGCAGGUGCUGUAGCUACAACUUUUACACAACCAUUUGAUGUUUUAAAAACAAGAGCAAUGAAUGCUAAACGUGGAGAAUUUAAGAAUUUAAUGGAUUUAUUUUUAUAUACUGCUAAAAAUGGACCAUUUGCAUUUUUUAAAGGCUAUAUACCUGCUUUUAUCAGAUUAGCACCACAAACUAUUCUUACUUUUGUUUUUUUAGAACAAUUAAGAUCUAAUUUUGGAUUUUAUCCUUCUAAUAUUCCAAAGUCAUAAAAUUCAUUUAAUAUAAAAA